AUGCGGGUAAUCGCGUCAGGCGAUGACAUCAGCCCGCCGAUUAAGUCAAGUAAGUCAAUGUCUGGUCUAUGUCCAAGUUUGCUUGCAACUACAACAACAGCUCUGAAGAUGAGAACUUCUCUAUUUGCUCGAUAUGGAUUUUCCACAAAGCUCGUCAAAGUCAACGUCUGCUUUCCUGUCAAUGAUACAGUGAUCGAAGAACCAAGUAAGUACCUCACGAACAGCCAUGCUGUCAGAAAAGCUUCACCGGUGAAAAUCAACGACAUCGUUUUCAACAACCGAGGGACUGAAGAUUCAACUUGCUACUUGCAAGGAUUGAAGUAA